AGCUCUAAGCUGUACCGCGCACGAAGCCUCGUGUUCCUUUUAAAAAUUGCUUCGAGCUCGGACGCGCCCGAAAUUGGAUUUCCCUUGUCCCCUCAUGCACCACCUAUUUUCUAGGGGCGCGAAACACUUUUGAGGUUAUAUACCUACUUGUCCAAAAUGAACAACUUCCAAAAAGAAUUUGUUUUAAAGACGUUAUUUGAUAAUGCAGCUCAAAAGCUGAUGGAUUUUGAUACAAGCAGUAGUAGCAGUUCCGAUUUUUCAUUUGUUGAACAGGAUAACUGCAAGAAGCGAAAGAUUUGCCUGCGUGUUAAGAACUAUGUGGAGAAUAUAGUACGUGAAUAUACAGAAGUUGAGUUUAAAGCAGAUUUUCGCAUGUCGAGGAGUACUGCGUAUAAAAUUAUUAAUAUGUUCGAAGAAACAAGCGUUAUACCACAACAUACAACUGGCAGGGAAAAAAUUACUGCGGAGAAAGCUUUUCUCCUUAGUGUCUGGUAUUUGAGCAACCAAGAAUCAUUUAGACAAGUUUCUAGUCGUUUUGAUGUGACAUACAGUUCGGCUCAUAGGUGCCUCAUUAGAACAGUUAAUUUCCUAUUGUCAAUAAAAUCAGAUGUUAUACGAUGGCCGAGCCUAGAAGAAAUGGAAACUAUUAGCGCAAACUUUGAAAAAAUAGGAGGUAUAAAGAAAGUUAUAGGAUGCAUAGAUGGAACGCAUAUUGAAAUAAAUAAACCUAGACUAAAUCAAGACUCUUACAUUAAUCGUAAAGGAUACCACAGUUUAUUAAUGCAAGGUGUUGUUAAUAAUAAAAAAAAAUUUAUAGAUGUAUUUUGUGGCGAGCCUGGCUCAAUGCACGAUGCUAGACUUCUCCGAAAGUCUGGAAUUUAUAGAACAAUACUGAACAAUGCUAAUGUUAUGAAGAACUAUAUAAUAUUGGGAGAUUCUGCAUAUCCAAAUUUAGACUGGCUUGUUACACCAUUUAAGGAUAACGGGAAACUUUCAGUUCGACAAAAAGAAUUCAAUAAGAAAAUUUCAGCAACCAGAGUUAUAGUUGAAAAUAGUUUCGGUCUUCUGAAAUGUAGAUUUCGACGCCUAAAAAAAUGGAAAACAUCAAUGUAAAACUGUUCCAAGUUAAUUAUGGCUGCAGCUAUCUUACAUAACAUAUGCAUAGACGAAGAUGACUACAUCGAGUUGAAUCUCGCGGAUAAUACUGAUCCUGAGGAAGUUCCAUAUCAUUCUAUCGCAGAACCGACCAAUACUUCUCGGCAACAACAAAUCUUUUGUGAAAUGUAUACAAAUAACCCAAUGUGAUAUGCAAUAAAAUAAAACUUUUAUUUCUUA